GAGGCGCAACCCCACAUGCGUUAUACUCUCAGCCCUGAAAACCUGCGCUCCCUCUCAGCCCAGGGCGGUGAUGGCAUUGGCCCUAGGGGUCACGGCGGGGAAAGGUCAGCUGGUGAACGGUCAGGGGUCGGAGGUCAUGGAGAGGGUCAUGGUGGCGGGCUACAAAGGGCCAAUAGCGACACGGACCUGGUGACCUCGGAGAGCAGGUCAUCGCUGACUGCGUCGACAUACGAGUUCACGAUGGGGCGAGGCCAAAACCUGGUCAUCAACUGGGACAUCAAGGAGGAAGUGGACGCCACGGACUGGAUCGGACUCUACCACAUCGACGAGACGUGUCCUGCCAACGGUGGACUCUAA